UCUAAUUAGCUAGGAAUUGUAAAAAAAUAUCAAGUGGCAAUUCUGGGAAAAGCUGGGGAGGAGGUCAAUUCUGGGAGAUGAGUAGUAUAUUUGACAGAUAAGAACUGGCCCUGAGCUAGCUGGAGCUCAUCUCUCUAUCUGUGGCUGAUAAGAGAGAUGUAGCUAGCAGGGGAGGGAUGUGCCAGAGAUGAGCAUGAACUUUGCAAGCCUGUGUACAUUUAUAGUAAACAACCGGUGCUUAUUGCAAGUGCCUGCCGUGGUCUGAAAUCAGUAUGUGCUUGCUGGAGUCCACUGUGGAAAUGAGGAAGUCAGAAGUCUUCAGGAAUAAUAAAAACAAUUGGUCCACUAGCUGUUGAGCGUUUGGAAGAAUACUAUUUGUCUCCUGUCCUUAGCUGACGCACAUGUUUCAAAGUAUUCCCUUGGUCUCCUGCUCUACUUUGACUGGGUUUGGCUCCUUCCGCUUGGGUUCCCUGGGUUUCUUCUUGUGUUUGACCAAGUCAACCAAUGUCAGGGUGGCAACCAUUAUCAUUACCAACUAGCUCCAAAGUCCGGCAGCUUCUCCCUUGCUGCUGUGUGUGAACCAACCGACCUGCCAUGGUUUCUUCUCUCUACAUUAUGUGGCCGAAGGAUGAAGACGAGCAACAAGUGAAUGGGGACAGCUCAUAGCAACUCUCUCUACUUUGACUGCUUCAACUCGGAAGCACCACCGCUGCUUCCCUUGUGCUUGUGCAAAUCCAUGCCAGGGUGGCAUUAACAACCAGCUAUUAGCUCCAGCAGCAUCUAUAUUGCAGUGUGCGAAGCGAACCAACUGACGUCCUGCCAUGGCGCUUCAUCUCUCUACCACCAGGCGAGCCUUAACCAUCUUUGCUGUGUUUGUGCUUGCAGUGCUCAUUGGAGAUGUCCAGGGUCGGCAUCCAUGUCAACCUUUCUCCUGUGGACAUCUCCGAAACGUGUCGCAUCCUUUCCGCCGGCAAGGCGAUCCACAUAGGUGCGGUGUUCAAUCAUAUGAGCUGGUCUGCGCCGGCGGCAAGGCCAAAAUUCAGAUCAACACUGGGGCAUACUUUGUCACCGAGAUCAACUACACGAGUUCGUCCUUCUGGGUCGUGGAUGCCAGCUUAGACAUGAACAGCAGCUGCCCUCUUCCUCGCUCGGAUCAGUUUCCUUAUUUCAAUGGGGUCCAAGGGCCACACAAGAGCCGGGAAUUGGUCCCUAGUGAUAGAGUUAUCAGGGCUAGCUUCAUGAACUGUUCGCGGGCUGUGACCACGAAAAGUUGUUUUUCUGGCUUUAUGCCAGUCGCCUGCCUGAGCACCAACUACUCCUUCGUUUAUCUGGUGACAGACAAUGUGUAUGUGGAAAUCUUAGAGCCUUCUUGUGGUUACCUGGCUGUGUUUCUUUUUGGUGGUCGGGAGAUCGACCAUGAUUUCCGCUAUUAUGCAAAUUUUGUUGAGUACAUGAGGGGUGGAUUCUCUGUUCAAUUCCCUCAGACGGAAACUCCAUUGAAUUAUAUUCACUACAUCAACCGCUGCAUCGACUGGUCAAUUCGCGACCCAAAUGGAGAGCCGUUGUUUAGUACAGGCAUCAGCAUCAGGAAUAGGAUUGUGGACAUCCUUUAUAUCGACUUCCGUUUCUGGGCAUGCAUAUUUGGUGUGAAGAGACCAUAUAACAGCGUAGUUCUCUAUAUCAGAGACAUGGUUACUUCUGAUGACUCACUUUAUCAUAAGUUACCCCCAAUACUUGCUAUGUGGAUUCUGACGUGGAUUGCUGUACUAUGCAGGUUCGCGUUGUCACCCCUUGUGGUAUUGUUCUACCUUGCCCACAAGUAUUGGAAAACAAGGAUCACAAUUGAUGCAGUCGAGAAGUUCCUCCGGAUGCAAAAAAUGGUUGGCCCGACAAGGUACACCUACACGGAUAUAGUUGCAGUCACAGGCCAUUUCAGAGAUAAAUUGGGCCAAGGUGGUUAUGGAUCGGUAUUCAAGGGCGUGCUACUCCCAGGCGAUGUUCAUGUGGCCAUCAAGAUGUUAGAUGGUAAAGCCAAUUGCAAUGGAGAAGAUUUUAUCAGCGAGGUCUCCACCCUCGGCAGGAUCCACCACGUCAAUGUGGUGCGUCUGGUUGGGUUCUGCUCAGAGGAAAUGAAGAGGGCACUGGUCUAUGAGUACAUGCCUCGAGGUUCUCUUGACAAGUACAUCUUCUCAGCCGAGAAGACUUUCUCCUGGGACAAGCUCGUCGAGAUUGCUAUGGGCAUUGCCCGAGGGAUCAACUACCUGCAUGAGGGGUGUGACAUGCAGAUUCUACACUUUGACAUCAAGCCACACAACAUCCUUCUUGAUAGCAAUUUUGUCCCAAAAGUAGCUGAUUUCGGUCUUGCCAAACUGUAUCCGAGGGACAGCAGUUUUGUGCCAUCUAACGCCUUGAGGGGAACUGUUGGGUACAUAGCUCCUGAGAUGAUAUCUCGAAGUUUUGGUGUCGUAUCGAGUAAGUCGGAUGUGUACAGUUUCGGGAUGCUGCUGCUUGAGAUGGCUGGCGGACGCAGGAAUGCUGAUCCCAAUGCCGUUAACUCAAGUCAGGCAUACUACCCCUCAUGGGUGUAUAGCCGGCUAACUGAGCAACAACUGGAUGAGAAUGAGAUAUCUUCUGCGGUAGCUGAGAUGCACAAGCUGGAGAGGAAGCUAUGCAUUGUUGGUUUAUGGUGCAUCCAGAUGAGGUCUCAUGAUCGUCCAACGAUGAGCGAGGCGAUAGAGAUGCUGGAAGGUGCCGCGGAUGGCCUGCAAAUGCCAUCUAGGCCAUUCUUCUGUGACGAAGGGCACACCCAUGUAGAUGAUUCUUACCAUCUAUCAUCCGAGCUGACUGCAAUCACUGAGGAGGAGGAUAUGUGAUGUAAUGUAUGAUGCAAUGCACAUUGCCCGCAGAAAGAUGCAGCUGCCGUUCUAAUUACACCGAGUAUGAAAUAACCUACUCCCUCCGUCCCAAAAUAAGAGUUGUACUUGAGACACUUAUUUUGGGACGGAGGGAGUACUAUGCUCCCAAGUCUUGUGCAUCUAGGUUAGUAGUAGCUUGCCAAAGCUGAAGUUAUAUUCUGCACUUGCUGUGGAAACUUUGGUACCACGGUUGAUAUAAUGUAAUAUAUAAAGCGGGGCGAAAGCCUUUUUUCGGUAAUAAUGUAAUACUCCCUCCGUCCGGAAAUACUUGUCAUCAAAAUGCAUGAAAAUAGAUGUAUCUACAACUAAAAUACAUCUAGAUACAUCCAUUUCAAUGACAAGUAUUUUCGGACGGAGGAAGUAUAUGGGUUGCUUCUAGACGGAGAUAGUAGGAAGUAAUCAUCAUCUCAGAAAUGCAGAGUACUUUGUCUGAU